GCUUGUUUCAUCGAAUCCAGGGAAGGGUUAUCAGUUCCAGAAAAUAGACCAUGAGCGGACAGCGCGAGAAAGCUGUCAACGUCGUUGAUGGCAGGAUCAAGGCCGUUGGAGACACUGGUUUGUAAAGCAGAAGUCACCUUGCCAAGGCUGUCAGACACAUUCUGCCAGUUCAUCACUUCUUGAUUGAAAGAGCUUGAUUCGGGAAACAAGAAUUUGGCCACACCCAGCGCUUGUCCCAAGCCCGUAAGCAACAUGCCAAACCACGACGGUGCUCCCUCUGGAGCACUCACAAAAGCAAGACCAAUAGCAAGAGCUGUUAAAACGUCGUUCAAUGCAACGUUUGCCGUCUCAGGAGGCUGUACAAUCUUCGCAAUCUCUCCAACAGAAUCUGACGCUAUCGAGGAGACAUCCCCAAUAGUAGCGUAGUAGUCUUGAAAAAACCC